AUGAAUCCUGCUGAGGGCGUACGGCGCCCACUAUCGGCAAAGUUUCGUCUGGGUGUGAGUAUCGGUCCUGCCAUUUCAUCUUCCCCCCCUGAAGUGAACCCUCCUCCCCCUCCACCGGUGAAGGGAAUGUCGGUAAAACCUCUCGAACACAUCACCGCACUUAAAAAAAUGACAAUUUUACCUCCCAAUAACGCGCAAUCGGCUUCUCCUCCAAUUCAUACGAUUAAUAAUAACAAUAAUAUUAAUGUGGAUAGUGUGGGGGAAAAAGAAAGGCGUUAUGGCGGCGCGAUUGUGCGUGUGAGCGAGCUUCGGCGGCGUGGAGGACUCCUCCCUGAGGCCUCGCUUCUCGGCGGGGGGCUUUCCUCGUCAAGUUCACUUCCUUCGACAAGUGCGCCCUCUUUUCAUGAGCCUUUUUAUCUCGCGCGAGUGGACGAAACAAAAGAGAAGGAAGGAAUCGAAAUGAGAAAAAGACGCGAACGAGGCGAUGAGGCCGAUCCCGGGCGAAAAAGCCGCCGUGUGGGCUCCUCCGCGGCGCGAAAGAAGCCGAGCGCUCGCCGUCGAGGUUCAUCGACCGGCAAACGCUCCAAAUCCUCCUUUUCUUCACUUUCUCUUCGCGCUGACGGACGGCCUUUUGAAUAUCGCUGGUUUACCGCGCACGGCAAACGCCAGCUCGUCUACGACGGCAAACCCUACACCGGCAAAAAAGCCCAUCAAAUGUGGACCGAGCUCAAACGAAUCGAAUUGAAGGUCGCGAAUUCGCGAAUGCAAUGCCCCCCUUCCGGAAUCCCCACCUCUAGGGCGACGAAACCCCAACCCCCUAAACCCCGAUCACCAUCAAGGGCCUUGUCAAAAGGGAUUUCCUCACCCCAUGCCCCAUUACGCGCCGAGUGGGCGAACCUUUACCAGGACAUCGACCUCGGCGAUGACUUCGACGUCGCGGAUUCCCAUUUUUUGUCUUUGAAUAAUUCGUCCGCGCCGACAAAACCGGCACUUCCGGCCGGUCGAUUGGCCAUCAAAGAACCGAUUAGGGGGCCUCGGCCGGUGGGGCCGCCGAAACCGCUAUCGGGCACUUCUCCCGCUUCCGCAUUUCCUACACCGAAUGGGAUGGUGGGAAUGAUCGAGGACGAGGAAGCGCCCCGGGGUGAGAACCCUUUAACGAGCCCAAAGCCGCCCCCACUUCCUCAUAAAGAGGCCACUUCUUCAAAAAUGGAAUGGCCGAUAUCCUACUUCGGAAGCGAUAGUGAAAGUUCUUAUAGCAGUAGCGAUGAGGAGGGGGAGGAGGACGACGACGAAGAAAGUCUCACCGACGAUGAAAAGGUGAUUUUAGUCUCCCCAAAGGUCCAAACUGAUGAAGAAGUCCAUCCUUCUAAUAGAAGGCGUGAUUUAAAUUCAACUAGGCAAAAAAGACGAGAAGUAGGAGCCCGUUUUUCUCCUAGUCUAACCUCUCGCGUCGAUUACAAAGGGGUAGAGAUAGUCGAGCAUGACGGGUGGCUUUACACUGCGGAGUUGUUGAAUUCAAUUCAAAACGAGGGCAAAUUCGCGCUGGAUAAUUCUUCUCAAAAGAAAAAAAGCAACAUGAAUUAUCCCUCUUCUACGGAGGGGGGGUUAGUAGUUAUAGGAAUGCCCAAUCCGCAGUGUAAACCACCUUUAGAAAUGCCUUUACUUCGCGAUAACGACGCUUUUGCUCCUAUUCUCAAUCGCUUUGAAGAAGACGGAUCGGUAUUUGAAUCCUUAAAUAAGAAUGAAAUGGUGGAUUUAUUUGAAGCCGGUGAUGAGAUUGGUGGGGUUCGCUAUUCCAUGUAA